AUGAGGAGUGGGGAAGGGAAAUGGACGGUAGAGAAUAGAGGGGCUACGUCGCUCGAGGAACACCCACGUGCUCCGAGGAAAGCCACGUCGCCGAGGAUACAGCCCGGUCGUUCGAGGAACACCCACGUCGUCAGAGGAACGUCACGUCGCUCGAGGAACACCGCGUCGCCUGAGGGACAGCCACCGUCGUUCGAGGAACACCCCUGUCGCUCGAGGAAACAGCCACGUCGCCUCGAGGAACGCACGUCGCUCGAGGAAACACCACGUCGCUCGGAGGAACAGCCACGUCGCUCGAAGGACCAGCACGUCCUCGAAGGAACAGCCACGUCGCUCGAGGCAACAGCCAACGUCGCUGAAGGAACAGCCACGUUCGCUCGAGGAACAGCCACGUCGCUCGAGGAAACACCACGUCGCUUCGAGGACAGCCACGUCGUUCGAGGACAGCCCACGUCGCCUCGAGGAAACGCCACGUUCGCUCGAGGAACAGGUCACGGUCGCUCGAGGAACAGCGCACGUCGCCUCGAGGAGGAACAACACUCGCUCGAGAGAACAGCACGUCCCGCUCGAGGAACAGCCACGUCGCUCGAGGAGGAACAGCCACGUCGCUCGAGGAGGAACAGCCACGUCGCCUCGACGGAGCAGCCAGUCCGACCGAGGAACAGCCACGUCGUGAGGAACAGUCCGUGGUCGCCCGAGGAGGAACAGCCACGGGAGUCGCUCGAGGAGAAACAGCCACAUCCUCGAGAGAAGGAACGAACAGCCACGUCGCUCGAGGAAACAGCCACGGUCGCUGAUCGCUCGACGGACAGCACGCGUCGCUCGAGGAACAGCCACGUCGCUCGAGGAGACCAGCCGUCGCCCGAGAAGGAACAGCCACGUCGGCGUCGAGGCGGAACAGCCCACGCUGCUCGAGGAAAGCCACGUUCGCUCGAGGAACAUCCACGUCGCUCGAGGAACAGCCACGCCGCUCCGAGGGAGGAACAAGCCACGUCGCUUCGAGGAGGAACAGCCACGUCCGCUCGAGGCAGGAACAGCCACGUCGCUCGAGGGAACAGCCACGUCGCUUCGAGGAACCGCCACGGUCCGCCCAGAGGAAACAUCACGUCGCUCGAGGACACCACGUCGCCCGAGGAACAGCCACGUCGCUCCGAGGAAAACAGCACGUCGCCCGCAGGAAACAGCCACGUCGCUCGAGGAACGCCACGUCGCUUCGAGGAAACAGCACACGGUCGCUCGAGAACAGCCAUCGUUGCUCGAAUCGGAACAGCCACGUGCUUCGAGGGAACAAGUCACCGUCCUGCCAGGAACAGCCACGUCCGCCCGAGGAAACAGCCACGUCGCUCGAGGAACAGCCACGUCGCCCGAGGAACAGCCACGUCGCUCGAGAACGCCACGUCGCUCGACGGAACAGCCACGUCGCUCGAGGAACAGUCCACGUCCGCUCGAGGAAAGCCACGUCGCUCGAGGAAAACCCCCAAAGCCACGUCGGCUCGAGGAACAGCCACGUCGCUCGAGGAAACAGCCCACGUCGUCGCCUCGAGGAACAGCUGCAACACCGAGGCACAGCCAUACUCGCUCGAGGAACACGCCACGUCGCUCGAGGAACAGCUGCUGCAGCUCGAGGAAUAUUGUCCCGUCGCUCGAGGAACAGCCACGUCGCUCGAUUGGAACAGCCAACGUCGUUCGAGGAACAGCCACGUCGCUCGACGGAACGCCCACGUCGCUCGAGGAACAGCCACGUCGUUCGAGGACACCACGUUCGGCUCGAGGAACAGUCACGUCGCUCGAGGACAGCCCCGCUUCGCUUCGAGGAAUCAAGCACGUCGUUCGAGGAACACCCAACGUCGCUCGAGGAACAGCCACGUCGUGAGUAGGAAAGCCACGUCGGCGGAGGAACGCCACGUUUCGCUCGAGGACCAGCCCACGCUCGCUCGAGGAAACAGGCCCGCGUCGCUCGAGGAAGCGACCACGUCGCCCGAGGAACACACGUCGCUCGAGGACAGCCACGUCGCUCGAGGAACAGAGCCACGUCGCUCGGAACGUCACGGUCGCUCGAGGAACAGCCACGCCUUCGCUUCGAGGAACAGCCACGUCGCUCGAGGAACAGCCACGUCGCUCGAGGAACAGCCAGCGUCGCUCGAGGAACAGCCACGUCGCUCGAGGAACAGCCACACGUCGCUCGAGGAACAGCCGCGUCCCGCUCGAGAACAGCCACGUCGCCCGAGGAACAGCGCCGUUCGCUCGAGGAACAGCCACGUCGCUCGAGGAACAGCCACGUCGCUCGAGAACAGUUCACGUCGCUCGAGGAACAGCUCACGUCGCUCGAGAACAGCACGGUCGCUCGAGAACAGCCACUGCUCGAGACCACCACGAGAUAACUCGCUCGAGGAACAGCUGCAACACUCGAGGAACAGCCCACGUCGCUCCGAGGAUGGAGAAAUCUGCGUAUUCUGUUAUUCUUUUACUCGUAUUCCCAUUGUAACUGAAGGUCUUCGUGUGACACGGAAAUAUGAUACACAGUAA